AUGAACGUUCGCGGCGGCCUAGGCGAGAGGACGAAACUCAUCGACGAGCGCCCCGACAACUCUAUCGCGAUGACAAACCAAGCGUCGGUACUUGGCCCUCUGACGAUCAAAUCCCUUGCCUUGAUUCGGGCCUGUAUCGGGGCAACUCUGGCCGUGGCCCCGCCGCGCCUCCUGUCCCUGUACUUUCUCAUGGGCAACGACACGGCAUCCCCGCACUCGGCAGCAGCAGCAGCAGUCACCGAGACUCAUCACUCUUCUGUCCUGCUGCCGCGCCUGCUCGGCGUCCGCGAGGUCGCCUUGGGACUGCUGCUCUGGACGGCCUUCCGGCGGCACGCAGAUCAGCGACGCCGGGGCGUGCCGCAGGCGACCGAAGCGCGGCGAGGGUUGCGCGGCGUGCUGUGGGCGAACCUGGCCGUCGACGUCAUGGACGCGGUGAGCUGCGCGGCGGUCGUGGCGGCGGGCAUGCACGAGAAGAAUGCCGCGGCGUGGUUCGGAGCCGGGGCGAUGGUGUUUGUCGUCUUAGGGGCGCUGGGGCUGCUGUCGUUGGACGCGGCUGGUGUAUGA